AAUUCUAAAAAUUAUAAACACUUCACCUUUGCUUAUAUAAUCCACCUCCCCGCCCAUAAACCCUAGUUUGACUGACUAGAAACCCUAUUUCUCUUUCUCCUCCCCUGCGGCUACGAAUAACAGAGGAGAGCUCUCUUAAACACUUCAGAAAAUGCUUCUGUUAUUUGAAACCCCUGCUGGGUUUGCUCUUUUUAAAGUGUUGGAUGAGGGGAAGCUCUCCAAAGUUGAGGACUUGUCAAAGGAGUUUGAUACUGUUGACGCAGCUCGAAAGAUUGUGAAGCUUAAAGCUUUUUCAAAGUUUGAAAACACAUCAGAGGCAUUGUCAGCAGCCACCUUGUUAAUUGAUAGCAAGCCUAGCAAAGGUUUACGUAAGUUCUUACGUGCACACUGUGAUGGCGAAACCUUAGCCGUGGCUGAUUCCAAACUUGGAAAUGCAAUCAAGGAAAAACUUCAAAUUGACUGUUUCCACAAUAAUGCUGCUAUGGAACUGAUGAGAGGUGUGAGAAGUCAAUUGACUGAACUAAUAUCUGGUCUUGGAGCUCAAGAUUUGGCGCCGAUGAGCUUGGGUUUAUCUCACAGUCUUUCCAGAUACAAACUUAAAUUCAGCCCUGACAAGGUCGAUACGAUGAUCAUACAGGCAAUUGGUUUAUUGGAUGAUCUUGAUAAAGAGCUUAACACCUAUGCUAUGCGAGUUCGGGAAUGGUAUGGUUGGCAUUUUCCAGAGCUUGCAAAAAUUGUACAAGAUAACAUACUAUAUGCAAAGUCUGUGAAGCUGAUGGGUGAUCGUACAAAUGCUGCAAAGCUUGAUUUUUCAGAGGUCUUGUCUGAAGAGGUUGAGGCUGAACUUAAAGAAGCCGCCAUGAUUUCCAUGGGAACUGAAGUCAGUGAUAUCGAUCUGAUGAAUAUCAAAGAUCUCUGUGACCAAGUUCUAUCUCUUUCAGAGUACAGAGCUCAGCUGUAUGAUUAUUUGAAGAGCAGGAUGAACACUAUUGCUCCGAAUCUUACUGCUCUUGUUGGUGAACUUGUUGGUGCUCGUCUCAUUGCUCAUGGUGGCAGCUUGCUGAAUCUUGCAAAGCAGCCAGGGAGCACAAUUCAAAUUCUUGGUGCAGAAAAAGCUCUUUUUAGAGCUCUCAAGACAAAACAUGCAACUCCGAAGUAUGGACUUAUCUACCAUGCCUCAUUGAUUGGUCAGGCAGCACCAAAACAUAAAGGAAAAAUUUCACGAUCCCUAGCUGCUAAAACUUCUUUAGCAAUCCGCUAUGAUGCUCUUGGAGAUGGGGAAGAUAAUUCAAUGGGGCUGGAGAAUCGUGCCAAGCUUGAAGCACGUUUGAGGAAUCUAGAAGGUAGAGAACUAGGUCAUUCUGCUGGUUCAGCUAAAGGAAAGCCAAAGAUUGAGUUCUAUGAUAAGGACCGGAAAAAGGGAGGAGGUGCACUGAUAACUCCUGCUAAGACAUAUAACCCAUCAGCUGAUUCUCUUCUCGGAAAGACCGAAUCAUUGCCUGAGAAAAAGGAGGAAGAGGAGGUGGUUGUCGGAAAGAGGAAGAAGAAAACAGAUGAAAUUCAGAUUGAAGAAGCUCCUGAAGAGAAGAAAGAGAAAAAGAAGAAGAAAAAGGCAGUUGAUGCAGAUGAAACUGUCUUGCCACAGGCUGAAGGUGAAGAUGCAGGCAAAAAGGAGAAGAAAAAGAAGAAGCGUUCAGCUGAGGAGAUUGAGGUUCCUAAUACAGAGGCUCUGGAAACAGGUGAAAAGAAAAAGAAAAGGAAGCAUGCUGCACCUGUUGAAGAAACUGAAUCACCUGCGAAGAAGAAAGAUAAGAAGAAAAAGAAAAGAAGUGAAGAAUGAGGGAAGCUGGAAACCACUUUGAAAUUUGUGGAGUGCUGAUCAAUUUUUGGUAAGUAUGUUUACAAGUAGUUGAGUUUGUACGGUUGAGUGGAUUUCGAAUUCUCAAACUUAUCGGGCAAUCUCCGUAGGAGGACCAGGUAGCAAGGGGUCCUUCAGGCACAGGUUGUAUAUGUUUGCGGUUGAUAUUUUUAACAGCAAAACAUUUGAAGUUAAUUGCAGAAUUUUGCCUGUUAAAUGAAUUAUUACAGUACCUUUUUAUUCUUUUA